AUGGGGCGCAUCUGGCGCGACCAGCGCAAGUACGAGACCUGGCUGCGGGUCGAGGUCGCGGCGGCCGAAGCGAUGGCCGCCACCGGGCUCAUUCCCGAGCCGGCGGCGAGGGAUAUCGCGGCGUGCGCCGGCGUGCGGGCCGAACGUAUCGACGAGAUCGAGCAGACCACGCAGCACGACGUCAUCGCGUUCACGACCGCGGUGGCCGAGCAGGUCGGUCCGUCGGCUCGCUGGCUGCAUUUCGGGCUCACGUCGUCCGACGUGCUCGAUACGGCGCUGGCGCUGCAGAUGGGGGAGGCGUGCGGGGUGAUACUGGCCGACCUCGACGGGGCGAUCGAGGCGGUGGCCGAGCGGGCCCGCGAGCAUCGGGACACCCCGAUGAUCGGACGGACGCACGGCGUGCACGCCGAGCCGAUGACCUUCGGGUUGAAGCUCGCCCUGUGGCACGCGGAGCUCCGGCGGGCCCGGACGCGGCUGGAGCGAGCCCGGGAGGUCGUGAACGUCGGGAAGAUCUCCGGGGCGGUCGGCACCUACGCCCAUCUCGACCCCGAGAUCGAGCGGCGGGUGUGCGAUGCGCUGGGAUUGACCCCGGCCCCGGUGGCGUCGCAGGUCGUGCAGCGCGACCGUCACGCCGAGCUGCUGGGCGCCCUCGCGAUUGCCGGCGCCUCGAUCGAGAAGUUCGCCCUCGAGGUGCGCGGCCUGCAGAAGACGGAGAUCGGCGAGGUCGAGGAAGGGUUCGCCAAGGGGCAGAAGGGGUCGUCGGCCAUGCCCCACAAGCGCAACCCGAUCGGAUGCGAGCAGUUGACGGGCCUGGCGCGGGUCCUGCGCGCCAACGCGAUGGCCGCGAUCGAGAACGUGGCGUUGUGGCACGAGCGCGACAUCUCGCAUUCCUCGGUGGAGCGGAUCAUCAUUCCCGACAGCUUCAUCGUGCUCGACCACAUGUUGCGGCGGUUCGCCCGGAUCGUGCGGGGGCUGGUGGUGCAUCCCGAGCGGAUGCGCGAGAAUCUGGAGAGGUCGCGCGGCGUCGUCUUCUCGGGCACCGUGCUGCUGGAGCUCGCGCAGCGCGGCGUGUCCCGCGAGCAGGCCUACGCCUGGGUGCAGCGGGCGGCGAUGCGGUCGCACGACGAGCGGCUCGACUUCAAGACCCUCCUGGCGCAGGACCCGGAGGUGACGGCGGUGCUGUCGCGCGACGAUCUGGAUCGGGCCUUCGACCUCGAACGGCAGUUGCGUCACGCCGGUCCCAUCGGCCGGACCAUCGUUGCGGCGCUGGGGUCGAUGGGGUACGGGUCGGUGCGGGACGUGCGGCAGGGGAAGUACUUCGAGCUGGACGUCGACGCGGAGACGCCGGCGGCGGCGCGUCCCCUCGUGAGCGAAAUCGCCGACCGGCUGCUGGCCAACCCGGUGAUCGAGAGCUACCGCGUGGAGGUCGACGACCAUGGCACGGAGCCGUCGUGA